UUUAACUGGCUUGAUUGCACCAUUUAGGCUUAGUUUCUUCCUGAACUUUUCCAGCUUCGGAGACUUUUCAUCGGAGUUGUGGAUAUAACAGUCAUGGGAGCUUGUUUGGCGAUAAGUUCCCUUGCCAGUUGUGCGUCCUGUCUGUGCGGCUCGGCCCCCUGCCUCCUGUCGUCAUGCUGCCCGUCAUCGUACAGCUCCACCUUGAGCCGGCUGGCCUUCUCCUUCCUGAUGCUGCUCGGGACCAUGGUGUCUGUCAUCAUGAUCCUGCCCGGCAUGGAGGAGCAUCUUAAAAAGAUCCCAGGCUUCUGUGUUGGCGGUUCGUCCAUACCUGGCCUGGAGAACAAGGUGAACUGUGACAUCAUCGUGGGCUACAAAUCAGUGUACCGCAUGUGCUUCGCCAUGGCCUGCUUCUUCUUCCUCUUCUCCAUCAUCAUGAUCCGAGUGCGCAGCAGCAAGGACCCCCGAGCUGCCAUCCAAAAUGGUUUCUGGUUCUUCAAAUUCCUGAUGCUGGUUGGGUUAACUGUGGGAGCCUUCUUCAUCCCAGAUGGCACCUUCACUACAGUGUGGUAUUACUUCGGCAUGGUGGGCUCCUUCGUCUUCAUCCUCAUUCAGCUCAUCCUGCUGAUAGACUUCACCCACUCCUGGAACCAGUCCUGGCUGGAGAAGGCCGAGGAAGGAAACACCAAGUGUUGGUUUGCAGCUCUGCUCUUCGUCACCAUUACCUGCUUCGCCGCGGCGUUCACUGCAGUCGUUCUCUUCUACGUGUAUUACACCCUGCCCGACGACUGCACGGAGCACAAGGUCUACAUCAGCCUCAACUUCCUCUUCUGCAUCGUUGUGUCUGUCGUAGCCAUUCUGCCCAAAGUUCAGGAGGCUCAGCCCACCUCAGGUCUGCUCCAGGCCUCCAUCAUCUCCCUCUACACCAUGUACCUCACCUGGUCAGCCAUGACUAACAACCCCAACAAGCAGUGUAACCCCAGCCUGCUGAGACUGGUCCAGCCGGGCGGUCCAACUCCUCCUCCAGGGAUCCCUAAUCCCACUCCAGCUCCAGGAGACACCCAGUGGUGGGACGCACAGAGCAUCGUGGGAUUGAUCAUCUUCUUGUUCUGCACUCUCUAUGCCAGCAUCCGCUCCUCCAACAACUCCCAGGUGAACAAACUGAUGCAGACCGAGGAGGGUCAGGGACUGACCGCCGGCUACGAGUCUGCGUCUGGGGAGGACGGGGUCCGACGUGCUGUGGACAACGAAGAGGACGGCGUCUCCUACAGCUACUCCUUCUUCCACUUCAGCCUCUUCCUAGCCUCGCUGUACAUCAUGAUGACCCUCACCAACUGGUACAAGCCUGACGCUGACUACAAAGUGAUGAAGAGCACCAUGCCAGCUGUGUGGGUGAAGAUCUGCUCCAGCUGGAUCGGCUUGGGCCUCUUCCUGUGGACUCUGGUGGCCCCGUUGGUGCUCCCUGACCGAGAGUUCAACUAGAACGCUGAAGUCCGGUGAAGAUCUGGUCACUUACCUCCUGCUGUUUGCACCUUGAAAAAAGAUAGCUUUAGCUUUAGCUUUAAAUGGAUCUGUCUACUUUGCUGCGUUAGAAAGAAAUAAUGUUGGAGCUUUGUCUUUGAUAUGGAGACGUGCAGGUCUUUGUCUUCUCAUGCCCUAGCUUUGUUUCACAGCGUUUGUUCAUAUUUGUUCUUUUAGUUUGGGCAUCCAAAUACCUGAGUUUUUAUUGCACAGGUUUGUUCCAGUGCCCAGUUUUAUACCAAAAGUGCCUUUUUAUUGUGUUUUCUAUCAGAGGGAUCCUUGAUGUCAUUGAUUAUUUUUGUGCGAUUCACUUUUCAAAGCUGAUUAUGCAAAACACUCUGUAUGUUUUUGUUACAAUCAAUAAAGAAGACUUUGUGAUUGUCUAGAAGAA